CUGGGUUGGCUAUCUUUUUUGGAUACAUAUUUGUUUCCUCCAAAUUUUCUUCCCCUUAUGGCAACAAAGUGAAACUUCCGGGAAAGAAAAUUGAGGAAUACUUCACGGUGAAAGAUGAGUCUUUGAGGGAAUAUGUUGACCGUAAAAAGAUUCCAAUGGAAAUCUUUUUUGAAAACUAUUUCGAUGGGAAAAUUGAUCUUUCCGGUGAUGCACUUGAAAUUCUUGAAGCUCGUCAUGAUUGGGCAUCCUUUGAAUUUUGCCUUGGUCAAGCCAAAUUUUUCUUGACCCAGUGGAUUCCCGAAACUCUUUGGCACUCCAGGAAACAAGAUGAAGGUCAAGUGCGAGAUCAUUAUGACCGUGGUGAUGAUUUUUAUGCAGCAUUCCUGGGACCGUUGAUGGUCUACACUUCGGGUAUCAUUUCAGACCCUGAAAAGUGUGAAACCCUAGAAGAGAUUCAAGAAAACAAACUUAAAUUCGUUUGUGAGAUAAUGAAGUUUAAGGCUGGUGAAAGGCAUCUUGAUAUUGGAUGUGGAUGGGGCACUCUCGUAGCUCACGCCGCCAAAAAUUAUGGUGUAGAUUCUACGGGGAUAACACUCGGGAAGAAUCAAACAGAAUUCGGUAAUAAUCGGAUCAAAGAGUAUGGUGUUGAUGGCCAGGCGCGUAUAAUCUGCAUGGAUUAUCGUGACAUUCCUCGUAAUCCGAAAUAUAAUAAGAUUACAUGUCUCGAAAUGGCUGAACACGUUGGCGUUAGACUCUUUCCAUCUUUCAUGAAUCAAGUGUAUGAUAUGUUGGAGGAUGAUGGUUUGUUCUUCUUGCAGAUUGCCGGCCUUCGUCGGUGA